AUGUCGUGGAUAUCAUCAGCUAGCGAUCCGAGUGGUUCCACUGCUAACCUCACUAUGCUUGACAUAGUAGCUGGGUGUCGACCGCCAGCGCCGAUCUUGCCUGACUUGGCGUAUUACAGUUCACUGGUGUCACCGAUUCGGGACGAAAUACGUCAGCUGCAUGCCUCAUUCCAUCCUCUCUGCCACAUCGGUGUGGUAUCCCCGACUGGCGCCAUACCUACAUCGAUGCGAUCCGGCAGCGAGCGGCUUUUGCUAGUAGACUGUAAACGGUAUGAGGGAGAACUGGGUUCGAUUCUACCCGAGGACAUCAAUAUUAAAAUGCAAUUGCGCAUCGAGCAGUUGAAACGGUGUAUGAAUCGAUUGGCGAGAAGCUGUGCUGAAUUGGACAUAGAAUUCCACAGGACAUUCGGUAUGCAAAUGUGGAAAAUGUGUGUUAUCCUACGAGAUUAA